CCGAGGUGUCCGACCCCGCCCCUGAUGCAAACCAAGUCUUCCCCGCUUGGAAGCUGGCGAGGAGGCCCCCCCACAUCAAGGUCGCCCCCUCCCGCGCCUCUUAUAACCGGAUUUCUACUGGCGCGAAAAAGCCACUGCGGGGCGGAACCGCAGCCUGCAACUUGCAACUUGUUGGCCUUCUUCUACACGACAACUAAAAGCAAACGAAAAACAACAACAACAACGAAAAAAGACAACUCGCCCGCUCUACCAGUGGAUUUGCCAUUGCUUGGAAUUUUCCGAGUCGAAGCCGGCUCGUUGGAGUUGCGACCGGAGCGUUCUCGUCGCCAGUCGAGAGGAGUUAGCGUCGAAAUCUAUAUGUAGAACAUGAUGUCAUAGCCACAUGUUCAAAAGGACGAAACCCAAAGAGGACUUGAGUUGGAAUUUUUAGCCGAACAAUGGAGUUGGACUGUUACCAGCACUAUUUUUUCGAGGACUUUGACACCGAGGAGGAUUUCUACAAGUCAACCGCUCCGAGCGAGGGCAUUUGGAAAAAGUUCGAGCUUCUGCCCACCCCUCCCAUGUCGCCCAUCCGGACUCUGCAGAGCAGCGACGGCCUGAGCUGGUUGUCCCGAGUCCUGGGUCCGGACGACGAGUGGGAGGGUCAGGGGCUCUUCCGCAACCUCAGCUCCAUCAUCAUCCAGGACUGCAUGUGGAGUAGUUUCUCUGCCAGCAAGCAGCUGGAGAAGGCAGUCCACGGGAGGCAGACGGCUCCGCCUCGGCCUCCCGGAGCUCCCCCGGUUCCGCAGAUCCUCGCGAGGCCGAGCAAUGCGCACUGCGUCUCGCCGAGCGCUCACCUCCCCACGUCGGACUGUGUGGACCCUGCGGCUGUUCUCACAUACCCGGCAAGUAGCUGCAGGAGGACGGCGUCAUCUGGCUCCGAGUCCCGGACCGACUCCUCCGAUGAUGAAGAGGAAAUUGAUGUUGUCACCGUGGAGAGCAAACACAACCAGGUCCGACUGGCGAGUGUCCGUAAGCCGGUGACCCUCACGGUGCGUGCGGACCCCUGCCCCAAACGCUUCCACGCCUCGGUUCACCGGCAGCAGCACAACUACGCUGCCCGCUCCCCCGACAGUGAGCCCGACGACGAUGACGACAACGAAGACGAGGAGGAGGAUGACGAGGAGGAGCUCCAAAGCAAACGUACGGGCCUGGCAUCCAGCCGUCCCACCUCCCCCUCGGGAAGCUCCUUGAACUCUGAUACGGAGGACACGGACCGCAGAAAGAACCACAACUUCCUGGAGAGGAAGAGGAGGAACGACCUGAGGUCCAGGUUCUUGGCCCUGCGGGAUCAGAUCCCGGGUCUGGAGUCGGCCAAGACCCCUAAGGUUGCCAUCCUGACCCACGCCACGGAAUACCUCACGGAGCUGCACGCCAAGGAGAAGCGACACCUGCAGGAGCGCAAACGCCUCAAAGCCCGCCAGCAGCAUCUGCUGCGCAGGUUAUCUGUGCUGAAGCGUUCUUGAACCUGCAUGAACCUGCAGAUAGGAACUUUUGUCACUUUUCCAAAGCCACAAUUUUUGUAUGACAACAUGGCUCAUGUACCGUAUUUUCACGACCAUAAGGCGCACCGUAUUAAAAAACGCAGUCUCAGUUACGGGGUCUAUUUCUAUAUUUAACACAAAAAUAAGGCGCACCGUAUUAUUGGGCGCAGGCAUGGUAAAACACAGUGGGAGCAAAACUGAGUUCGGUUGUACUUUAUUGAAGUAUUUAACAAUGUACUCAUCAAUCCUCAUCCACAAAUCCAUCAAAGUCCUCAUCUUCUGUAUCCGAAAUGAACAGUUGGGCAAGUUCUCCAUCAAACAUGCCGGCUUCCCUCUCGUAGUCGUCGGAGUCAGUCUCGUUGCCGGGGGGGCUGUUCAGCAAUGAUGCCGGCUUUCGCGAAACCUCGGACAACAGUCAAAGCGGAUACCUUAGCCCGGGCAUCCACAAUCCACUCACAUAUGGUGGCGUAACUUGCCCGGCGAUAGAUGGAUAGACUGCUCCGUUUCAUAAAACAAAAGCACCAAGACGGACCUCCUUGAAAAUGUUCGAUUUUCAUUUCUUCUGCAAGCGUUAUUGCCCUCAGUCGAAUGGUGACUGUAGAGACGCUUCUCACGGCUGUUCUUUGCUCAUUAAUCCAUUGCUCGAGUUGGUCUUCCAACUCGGGCCAACUCGCUUUGUUUCCGCGGAAACUCAGCUUCGUCUUCUUGACUUGGCGAAACUCGUUUUCCUCGCGGCUCCGGCUGCUCGAUUCCCAUGUUCCUCCGCGUAACUGAUAGCUUGCAGUUUAAACUGUGUUUCGUAAGCAUGUCUCUUCGUAGGUGCCAUUUUCGGGGGUCCUUAGCUAAACCGAUGUUGUUUUGCACAAUGCACAUACCGGCGCUAUAUACCUACUGAGGGCGUGUCUUGAGCGUCCUCUUUCACGCGCACCCUUCCCCCUUUAACGUCCGCAUGCUGUCCUCAGUCAUGUCCGCCUUUCCUCUAUAUAAGCAGCGUGUCGGCAGGAAUUGCUCCCAGUCAGUCAAGCUCAUCAAAGUCACACAACAACAUUUACAGAUUUUGGAACUCGGUGCACACAUAAGGCGCGCCACAUUAUAAGGCGCCCCGUCCAUUUUGGAGAAAAUGUAAGACUUUUUAGUGCACCUUAUGCUCGUGAAAAUACGGUAAAUAGCCUCCAGUUAUGUUUGGAAUACUUUCAUCAUUUUGUAGCAGAAUUGUAGACCUAAACCUGUCAUCGACAGUAGGGUUGUCUGAUCUCAGUGUGUGGGGUUUCUCUCCUGUUUUGCACAGUUAUAUAGUGAGGGUAACGCAAAAGAUGUUUGUAGAUAUGACAGCAGAUGUUUUCUGGUAUGCUGUGAUGGGAGCUGAGGGACUCUCUGUGUUACCUGGUGUGACAUAUAUAUGAUAAUAUGUGCGGAAUCGAGCUGAGAUGACUUCAUUCCAGCGUUGCACAUUCAUAAUGGAUUGGAGUGCCAUGGAUGGUGCGAGUGUGUGAGCUGCUUUGUUUUGUUUUUUUUUGUGUGGAUGUUCAUAUUUCUCUGUAAAUAAUAGCUUAUUGCUCCCGGUGGAGGAGCAUAACAAAACCGAGCUUUACUCUUCUGUAUGAUUUCCCACCAGGCAUUGAGGAGCCUCUAUUUUGUUAAGAAAAUGUGGAGUAAAAAAAGCAAAAAAAGAGUUUGAUAAGUGGCACUGCUGUACUUUAUACUCACACGUCACUUUGUGAUCGCAAUGCAGCUCCUGAUUUUGGUUGAUUCUAAAGCAUGCUCAUUCAACAACAUUAAAUUUUGAUACCAGAUUUGCAACCAA